GAACUUCCUUCACUCUCACCCUCAGCACAACUACCGCUUUGAGUUUCUUAUCUCACCCAAAUCUAGAUCAACAUUUUCCAGAAAUGAGGUCUCAGAUUCUCAGAUCUGCCAGAUCUUUCGUCUCCGCUGCUUCCAAGCAGUCCUCUCGUUCAUUUUCGGGAGGGAGAGCAGCAGCUGCUGCUGCGGUAGUUUCAAGCCGAGGAAGGGCAGCUUCAUUUGGUGCAUCUAACUCAGGAAAUGCAUACAUGGGAUGGAUUUCAAGUGCCCUUGCCCUUCCAGCGGCAGCUUUCAUGCUACAAGAGCAGGAGGCACAUGCUGCAGCAAUGGAGCGAACUUUCAUUGCCAUCAAGCCGGAUGGAGUGCAAAGAGGACUGAUCUCAGAAAUUGUUUCCCGCUUUGAGCGAAAAGGAUUCAAGCUUGUGGCCAUCAAGAUAGUGGUUCCUUCAAAGGGCUUUGCCGAGAAGCAUUACCACGACCUCAAGGAAAGACCCUUCUUCAAUGGGCUGUGCGAUUUCCUCAGCUCUGGACCUGUCAUUGCCAUGGUCUGGGAAGGUGAAGGAGUGAUCAAGUAUGGCCGUAAACUCAUUGGUGCCACAGACCCUCAGAAAUCAGAGCCCGGAACCAUCAGAGGAGAUCUUGCCGUUGUAGUUGGAAGGAACAUAAUUCAUGGUAGUGAUGGCCCUGAGACAGCCAAGGAUGAAAUCAACCUAUGGUUUAAACCUGAGGAGUUGGUGAGCUACACAAGCAAUUCAGAGAAGUGGCUCUACGGCGAGAACUAGUGGCCUUAAAUUUUGUUACUUGAUAAUUAAAAACACCAGCAUUCAGGUGUGGAGUGUGAUCAUUAGUGGAAGCAAAAAGAUGAGAACAAUAAGCUUCCUAUAGGCAAGUAACAAACCAGCUGAAAUCAUCUGCUGCAAUAAUGUAUUAUUGAACCUCUGUUUAACCACUUUGGCUCUAUGCAUUUUUGGAUCUUAUCAUUAAUUAUAUGUCCUAUUUGAGGAUGCUUUCCUGUU